AUGGGAAUUCAACAUGCUCCUACAAGUGAGCUUCAUACAAUUAUUAAACCUUGGCCUUUCAGAGUACCUGUAGUAAAUGUGGAUCAGGAAACUGUUAUCAAAUUCAUUCAAGGGCAAAUUUUAUAUAGAUUUGGAAUCCCAGAAAGUAUAACAACAAAUCAAGGAUCAGUUUUUACUGGUCGAAAGAUGCAAGAGUUUACAAAGGAGAUGGGUUUCAAAUUAUUAACAUCCACACCCUAUUAUGCUCAAGCCAAUGGGCAAGUUGAAGCAUCCAAUAAAGUAAUAAUUGGCUUAAUCAAAAAGCAUGUAGGGAAGAAGCCAAAAAACUGGAACAAAACUUUAGACCAAGCACUUUGGGCUUGUCGAACCUCCCCUAAAGAAGCCACUAACACUACACCUUUCCAACUUACAUUUGGACAUGACACAGUAUUACCUGUCGAAAUCUACUUGCAAUCAGUGAGAAUCCAAAGACAAGGAGAAAUUCCAUCUGACUUAUACUGGGAAAUGAUGAUAAAUGAGCUGGUGGAUUUGGACGAAGAAAGGUUGCAUGCGUUAGAAGUAUUAAGAAGACAGAAGGAGAGUGGAAAUCAAAAAGGAUGGUCGAAACAGCCGCUUUUUUCUCCUCCUCAGUAA